AUGGCGUCGUCGUCCAGCAACGGCAACGGCCUCACGCCGCCGGUAUUUCAGAUUGAGACGGCCAGCCCAAGAGUCUCCGAAGACAGCGAUGAAAGUCCUAGGAGGUCCAGCUCACCUUCGCCUCCGCCGCCUCCAGCGGCCGCCACAACCAACAACACCACAGCACAGAGGAAUCGCUCGGAUAGCCUCGCCAUUCCCUCCCUUCACGUCAGCACAUCCAGGCCGCGAUCGUCUGGCGACGACGACACAAUAGCAGCCUCUCCGACGACCUCGACCCAUUCCAACCCAUUUCUGACCCCCGGCGGUAGCACAAUCGCCCCCAGCAUACGUUCCAGGAGCGGCAGCAUCAUUAUCGAAGAUGUUGAAUCCGCCCUUCGCCCGGAUCCCGGUUCUGAAGGCGACUUCCACGCUGCGGACAGCUCGUUCGCCUUCAGCCCUGGCCAUCUCAACAAACUUCUCAACCCAAAGUCUCUCUCGGCUUUCUAUGCCCUCGGCGGCGUCAAUGGUCUGGCAAAGGGUCUCCAGACCGAUCUCAAGUCGGGCUUGAGCAUCGACGAAACCACCGUCUCCCGUCGUGUGACUUUCGAGGACGCCACGAAUAACAAGUCCCCAGUUUACGUAUUGCCUGAUGGCGUCAAGGGUCUCGCCCCGUAUCAAACUUCUGGCGAGAGCUUCAAGGAUCGAAUCAGCGCCUACGGCACCAACACCUUGCCUGCCAAGAAGGCCACGCCCUUGUGGAGGUUGGCGUGGCAGACGUACAAGGACCCCAUCCUGAUCCUGCUGACCGGUGCUGCCAUUAUUUCGCUGGCGUUGGGCCUGUAUGAGACUUUUGGCGUCGAGCAUGGGCCCGAUGAUCCUCCCUCUGUCGACUGGGUCGAGGGCGUAGCCAUUUGCGUUGCCAUCCUCAUCGUCACCCUCGUCGGCUCUUUGAACGACUGGCAGAAGGAAAAGGCAUUCGUUAAGCUGAACGCGAAAAAGGACGACCGAGAGGUCAAGGUCAUCCGCUCUGGCAAGUCUUUCAUGAUCAAUGUUCACGACAUCAUCGUCGGCGACGUCUUGCACCUUGAGCCUGGCGAUCUCGUACCUGUCGACGGCAUCUUCAUCACCGGCCAUGAUCUCAAGUGCGACGAGUCGUCUGCUACCGGCGAGUCUGAUGCUCUCAAGAAGACUCCCGGUGAUCAGGCCUUCCACCUGCUGCAGACUGGCAACGCCCCCAAGGAUCUCGACCCCUUCAUCAUCUCCGGCGCCAAGGUUCUUGAGGGCAUGGGUACCUUCGUGGUCACCUCCGUCGGCACCAAUUCGAGCUUCGGCAAGAUCAUGAUGUCUGUCCGCACUGAGAUGGACGCGACACCCCUGCAGAAGAAGCUGGAGCGUCUCGCCAUGGCCAUUGCUAAGCUUGGUUUCGCCUCGGCCGCCCUCCUGUUCUUUGUCCUGCUCUUCCGCUUCGUCGCCCAGCUCGAUACAGACACCCGCACCGCUGCCGACAAGGGCUCUGCCUUCAUGGAUAUCCUGAUUGUCGCUAUUACGAUCAUCGUCGUCGCCGUCCCCGAAGGUCUACCUCUUGCUGUUACCCUCGCCCUCGCUUUCGCAACCACCCGCCUCCUCAAGGAGAAGAACCUGGUCCGCGUCCUUCGCGCUUGCGAGACGAUGGGUAACGCGACUACGAUCUGUUCCGACAAGACGGGUACUCUGACCACGAACAAGAUGACUGUUGUUGCCGGCGCCUUUGGUUCUGCCAAUUUCUCCAAGUCGGAGUCUGACGAGAGCACUGGCGUUGUCAAGUUCGCUAGCUCGCUGCCUGCUGCUACCAAGGAGCUCAUUGUUCAGUCCAUCGCCAUCAACUCGACCGCCUUUGAGGGUGAGGAAGAUGGUGAGGCUACUUUCAUCGGAUCCAAGACGGAGACGGCAAUGCUGCACUUCGCUCGCAACCACAUGGGCAUGCAGUCCCUUGCAGAGACCCGAGCCAACGAGACUGUUGCGCAAAUGAUGCCUUUCGACUCGAGCAAGAAGUGCAUGGGUGCUGUUGUUAAGCUGCCUGGCAACGGAGGUUACCGACUUCUCGUCAAGGGUGCUUCUGAGAUUCUGCUCGACUACUGCGAUUCGACCGUCGACAUCAACUCUCUGGCAAUCAGCUCGAUGACUGAGAGCGACCGCGAUCAUCUUCGUGCUACUAUUACCGCCUACGCCAAGAAGUCUCUCCGUACCAUCGCCAUGGUCUACUUCGACUUCCCGCAGUGGCCUCCCUCGCAUGUCGAGUCAAAGGAUGGCCAUGCCGAUCUUGCUGCUGUUCUUAAGAACCUCGUCUUCCUUGGUGUCGUUGGUAUCCAGGAUCCUGUCCGCCCCGGCGUCCCAGAGGCUGUUCGCAAGGCUGCCGGUGCUGGCGUCACGACCAGGAUGGUGACGGGAGACAACGCUGUGACUGCCCAGGCUAUCGCUACCGAGUGCGGAAUCUACACCGAAGGCGGCCUGAUUCUCGAAGGCCCUGUGUUCAGGACCCUUACCGAGGAGCAGUUCGCCGAGCAGCUUCCCCGCCUUCAGGUCCUGGCUCGCUCUUCGCCCGAGGACAAGCGUAUCCUGGUGACUCGACUCAAGGCCAUGGGCGACACUGUGGCUGUCACGGGCGAUGGUACCAACGAUGCGCCCGCACUCAAGGCUGCCGACGUUGGCUUUUCUAUGGGCAUCAGCGGAACCGAGGUGGCCAAGGAAGCUUCGGCCAUUGUUCUCAUGGACGACAACUUCACUUCCAUCCUGACGGCUCUCAAGUGGGGACGUGCAGUCAACGACGCCGUCCAGAAAUUCCUCCAGUUCCAAAUCACGGUCAACAUCACAGCCGUCCUUCUGGCAUUCAUCAGUGCUGUGUCGCACCCCGAGAUGAAGUCAGUUCUCACUGCCGUGCAACUCCUUUGGGUCAACCUCAUCAUGGACACAUUUGCUGCCCUCGCUCUUGCCACCGACCCUCCCACCGAGAAGAUCCUCGAUCGCAAGCCGCAGGGCAAGAAGGCUCCUCUCAUCACUCUCAACAUGUGGAAGAUGAUCAUCGGCCAGGCCAUCUUCCAGCUCACGGCGACCUUGAUCUUGCACUUCGCUGGCGCCCGCAUCCUCGGAUACGACACUAGCGACGCGCAGAAGCAGCUUGAGCUUGACACUAUGAUCUUCAACACGUUUGUCUGGAUGCAAAUCUUCAACGAGUUCAACAACCGUCGUCUUGACAACAAGCUCAAUAUCUUCGAAGGUAUUCAGCGCAAUCCCUUCUUCAUCGGCAUCAACUGCAUCAUGGUCGGCGCUCAGGUCGCCAUCAUCUUUGUCGGCAAGGAGGCUUUCAGCAUCUCUCCCGACCCCAUCGACGGUGUCCAGUGGGCCAUUUGUGUCGUGCUCGCCAUGCUAUCCCUGCCCAUGGCUGUCCUUAUCCGCUUCUUCCCAGAUGCGUGGUUCGGCGCCAUUGCUCACAGGGUCGGUGUGCCCGUUCUCUUCAUCUAUCGCCCCGUAGCCAGGGUCUCGUCUCGCUUCUUCGGCGCCAUCGGCGGCGGUUUCAAGAAGGUCUGGCGCAUGGUCUUCAAGAAGAAGGCCGAAGAUGAGGAGGAAGAGAAGUCCGGCAAGGGCGCUUCUGCGAACGAGUCGCCCGUUGUCGCUCCUGCUAUCGUCAUUUCCCCCGACGAAGCCACCAAGGAGAGGGAUGUUGAGAAGGGUCAGUAA